AUGCCAGAUAUUCACAUGUUGCAUUCCGCUACGUCUUUUGCGGCGCGACAUAAGCUGGAUUCACGGCAGGGCGUAGUAUUUAAGUCAUCAUUUCGCUCCGGGAAGGGGCUCAUUCUGGACAACUUCUACCUUGCCACCACCACAAUACACGUUUACUCCACAAGCCAGCCUUCUUCCAUUCGUAACCUCGCAUUCUUACUCAUCCAAUUCCCUAACAUGGACUCCCCAAAAAUCUCGUCCUCAAAACCCCCCUCCCGCUCCAACGAACACAUCCCCAACGAGCCCCUCUCCGCCCCAACCCUCCUCGCCCAUCUCAAUGAGAUAGAGUCCCUCGAAACGAAAAUCACAGACCUAGACGCACAAGCCCAAACUCUCUUCCGCCAGCUCAUCAUCAAACCGCAAACCCCAUCCACGACCGAAGAGCUCGAAGGAAUAGAACUAGUGCACACAGUCUACCUCGCCCGACUCCACAAGCUCGCAAAAGACAAGACAGAGCUCCUGAGCGUAUCGCAUCCCGGUCUCGCCGACUCCUUUCCCACCACCCCACCUCCCCCUCCCACUGCCUCUCGACGCGCACAGCAACUAUCGGACUGGCCCCACCUCAUCUCCCAACCCGACGGGCACUACACCGAGCUCCGCUGCCCGCACUGCCACGGCAACGGGCACGAAACCGCCGACGAUGGCGGCUUCGAGUUUCUACGCGGAGUGCCUGCGUUUUCGAACCACCUAGCGCAGGUGCAUGGGGUCCGGAUGCCGAAUGUUGCGGUUUUUAGGGUGUGUGCCGGAAGAGAGCUCAUACCGGCGGAGGUGGACGCGUUGGUAAGGGGGGGCUCGACGGUGCGGCCGGUGGUGGAGUGGCCGUGUGAGAGGGGGGGCGGUGGGGAGGUGGAGGCGCGGCGGGGGGCGGGGCAGCCUGGCGCUGACGUUGAUGCGGAGGAGGAUGUGGAGAUGAGGGAUGUUGGUGAGGGGGGUCGUGAGGUUGUUGGGAGGGCGCGGGAGAGGGGGUUGGGGGCGGCGGGGUUCAGUGGGUAUAGGCUUCGUUGGAGGAAGGGGUAG